AUGAGCAGCAAUGAUCAUGAAGAACAAGCUGAAAUAUUCGGUUUGACCUUAUUGAACACAAAUCAAUUGGAAAUGUUAUUGAGGUUAUAUAUAAUGUUGGAGGAAGAACAAGCAUCAAAUCUUCAACAACAACCACCAAAUUGUUCAGCUUGCCCCAAGGAAAUGUUGAAAGUUACUUCAAAUCAGCAUGUAGAUACAUGUAAUGACAUCAUGUUGUUUGGUUCUAAUCCGUGUAAUGCUGACAACUCAUUCCUUACUGUAAAUACAUCAACUACUGCCACCUCUUCAACUCAAAUUUCGUUUGGAAAUUUAUCAAUCAAACAAGAACCAUUUUUUGAGACAAGCAGAAAAUCAUCGAGUUUCACAAAUCAGUUAAGCAUAAGGAAACCAAUUCCUUUCAUUUGUUCUACAGUUGAAUCAAUUAGAGAAGAGCAAGAGCUUAAAAAGACUCAACCCAAACGACCAAGAGGAAGACCAAGAAAGAACAGUUUCGAAAUCAAAAGUGAAACUAAACGAUUGAAAAUGGAAUAUAUGACUGUCAAUAAAGACGAUAAUUAA